UCACACUUACACUCUCUCUCUCUCUCUCUCUCUCUGUCUCUGAAUAACCAAACAGUCUCUACCAAACCCUCUCUCUCUCUUUCUCUCUCAUUUUCUUUCUCAAAUUUUCUCGGGAAAAUCAUGGUGAAAGGUCCAGGUCUUUACUCCGAUAUCGGCAAGAAAGCCAGAGAUCUUCUCUACAAAGAUUAUCAGAGCGACCACAAGUUCACCGUCACUACCUACACUUCCACGGGAGUUGCAAUCACUUCAACUGGAAUUAAGAAAGGUGAGCUGUUUUUGGCCGAUGUGAGCACUCAGCUGAAGAACAAGAACAUCACGACUGACAUUAAAGUCGAUACCAACUCUAAUCUUCUCACAACGGUUACUGUUGAUGAACCUGCACCUGGACUCAAGACUAUCUUUAGCUUUAUUGUUCCUGAUCAGAGGUCUGGUAAGGUAGAACUCCAAUACCAGCAUGAAUAUGCUGGAAUUAGCACCAGCAUUGGAUUGACUGCCAAUCCAAUUGUGAACUUUUCUGGUGUCAUUGGAAACAAUGUUGUUUCCCUUGGGACUGAUCUUGCAUUUGACACUGCCUCUGGGAACUUCAACAAGUUGAAUGCUGGGUUGAGUUACACCCAAUCUGACCUCAUUGCUUCCCUGACAGUGAAUGAUAAAGGUGACACCCUUAAUGCUUCAUACUACCACAUAGUAAGCCCAUUGACCAGCACAGCUGUCGGUGCGGAGCUGUCACAUAGCUUUUCAAGCAAUGAAAACACUCUCACAAUUGGCACACAGCAUGCACUUGACCCCUUAACCUCGGUGAAGGCCAGAGUGAACAACUAUGGUAGGGCCAGUGCUCUCAUCCAGCAUGAGUGGCGCCCAAAAUCCUUGUUCACCAUCUCAGGAGAGGUGGAUACCAGGGCAAUUGAAAAGAGUGCAAAGAUCGGGCUGGCCUUGGCGCUUAAGCCUUGAGCUAAUUAACUACCCUUGGUGUGAGUGGAAAGAUGGACUUGUUUCGUUGUGGUGGAGGGUAAUAAGGUAGAUGAAUGACUCUUUUUGAUCCAAUUAAUUUCGAUCUUUUGAUGCUGUGCUAUUGGUUUCUGCAUAUUUUGGUGGUCAAGGGUUGUAAAAAAUAAUUUUAGCUGGUGGCACGAACCAAUGUCAAUUUUCAUUUCGAAUUCUUAUCCAUUCAAAUGUUUAUGGAAGGUAUUCUUUGAGGAAACAGUUAUAUGGAGUUUUUUUUCACUCGAUGAAUGCUGUUUCUCGCACUCCAAA